AUGGGAAGACCAAAAGUGAAGUUGGCUUGGGUCGAGGAACGAAAGAGAAGAGCUACUGUUUGCCAGCGGAGAAUGAAAGAAUUGAUUCAAAUGGCUGAAGAACUAACCAUCGUUUGUGAUAUGAGUGCAUGUUUGGUCUUUUACAACCGUAAAAAUGGUAAGCUGGUGGUGUGGCCAUCUCUGGAGGAGGCUCAAUCUCUCAUCGACUGCUAUAACGCAUUACCGGAAACCGAGAGGAACAUGAAGGCGGAUGAUGAAGAGUCAUCAUUCAUCAAGACCAUUACCAAGGAGAUCGAGAAGAAACUAGAGCUUUCUCGGAAGGCUAUCAGGAGUUGA